GGGGCCCGAGGGGCUGCGGCGGCGCUGCGGGCGGGCGGCAGGCGGGCGCUGACCCCGCGCGCACCCGCUGACCGGCGCGGCCGGGGGCCAGCUGGCCACUGCGGGCGCCGCGCCUGCGGGGCUGCAGCUGCCGCGGAGAUGAGUGCGGUGUCGGAGCCCCAGGCCCUGUCCAGCGCCCAGGAGAAGCCGCCUGGCUCUGCCAUUCUCUGCCGCACGUGUGGGGCGCCCUGUCGGGGCGAGGUGCUGCGCGUGCAGAGUCAGUACUUCCACAUCAAGUGCUUCGUGUGCAAAGCCUGCGGCUGUGACCUGGCCGAGGGUGGCUUCUUCGUGCGACAGGGCGAGUUCAUCUGCACCAGCGACUACCAGCGGCUCUACGGCACGCGCUGCUCUAGCUGCGAGCAGUUCAUCGAGGGCGAGGUGGUGUCGGCGCUGGGCAGGACCUACCACCCCCACUGCUUCGUGUGCGCCACCUGCCGGCUCCCUUUUCCGCCUGGGGACCGUGUGACCUUCAAUGGGAAGGAAUGUGUGUGCCAGAAGUGCUCCCUGCCCAUCGCGGCCGGAGGCGGCUCGCACGCGGCCCAGGGCCUCUGGAGCUGCGGUGGCUGUGGCAUGGAGAUCAAGGAUGGCCAGUCCCUGGUGGCCCUGGACCGCCACUGGCACCUGGGCUGUUUCCGGUGCCGGGCAUGCGGGAUGCAGCUGAAUGCAGAAUACAUCAGCAAGGAUGGGCUGCCCUACUGCGAGGCCGACUACCACACCAAGUUCGGGGUGCGCUGUGACGGCUGCGGCAAGUUCAUCACUGGGCAUGUGCUGGAGGCCGGCGACAAGCACUACCACCCCCUGUGUGCCGUGUGUGUGCGCUGCGGCCGCACCUUCGUGGAGGGCGAGGAGAUGUACCUGCAAGGUUCUUGCAUCUGGCACCCGGCGUGUCGCCAAGCUGCCCGCACAGAAGACAGAAGCAAGGUGCAGAACCUGCUGUGCAGUCUGGGGUCCCCGGGCAGUGCGCCCUUCGCCUUACAGGAAACCAGGACUUCCUCUGAAAGCAUCGUCUCUGCACCCGCCUCCAGCACGUCCGGGUCUCCGAGCCGGGUCAUCUAUGCGAGGCUGGGUGAUGAGAUUCUGGACUACCGGGACCUGGCAGCGCUGCCGCGGAGCAAGGCCAUCUACGACAUUGACAGGCCCGACAUGAUCUCCUACAGCCCCUACGUCAGCCCUGCGCCUGCGCCCGGCCGGGUCGGCAUCCAGCCUGCGCAGGUGCCCUCGCCAACACUGACAGAGGGGGACCAGGACGAGCGUUCCUGCAAGCAGUGCCGGACGUCUAGCCCCAGCUCCACUGGCUCGGUCAGCCUCGGCCGCUACACCCCCACCUCUCGUUCGCCCCAGCACGGCAGCCGCGCAGCUGGUACUGUGAGUGUUGGUACCAGUAGCUGCCUGUCCCAGUCCCAACACCCCAGCCCCACCUCCGCCUUCAGACACCAUUACAUCCCCUACUUCCGAGGCAGUGAAAGUGGCCGGAGCACCCCCAGCCUCUCGGUGGCCUCGGACGGGAAGCCCCCCCAGCCCACCUACCAGCAGGCCCCGCGGCACUUCCACGUCCCAGAGACUGGCAUCAAAGACAACAUCUACAGGCGGCCUCCCAUCUACAAGCAGCAUGCCGCAAGGCGCCUGGAGGGGGAUGACGGGAGCUUCGCAGCAGACAGCAGGAAGAAGGCCAGCUGGCUACUUCUCAAGGAGGACGUGGACACGAGGACAAGCUCCCCAGAGCUGGCCAGCCAGUGCCCGUCCCAGGACAGCGGGGCCGACCGGGAUGCACUGCAGGCGACGCCGGGGGACAGUUUUUAUUCGCGAUGCCCCCCCUCCAAACCCGACCCUCUCCCGGGACAUGGAAUCAGUGGUCUGGACCACCGGAAUGCCAGUGCGGCCCCCUGGGGAGCAGACCCGGAUGCUGGCUGGGGCACGCGAGAAUACAAGGUGUACCCGUAUGAUGCGCUCAUCGUGACCAACCGACUUCGCGUCAAGCUGCCCAAGGAUGUGGACCGGACGAGACUGGAGAGACACCUGUCGCCGGAGGACUUCCAGGCCGUGUUCGGGAUGAGCGCCGCCGAGUUCGAGCGCCUGGCCCUCUGGAAGAGGAACGAGCUCAAGAAGAAGGCGCUGCUGUUCUAGGCGACGGGCGCCGCUGCCGGCCCCGCCCC